GGCUUACUCUCAAUAUAUAUAUCCAACAGGGGAACUCUGCUACAUUGAUCUCUACGCGUACACAAAUCACUAAACAAUGGAGGAACAAAAACGGUUAAAUUGUUAUUCCCCAGGAAUUGGCAUUGGCUGAUUCUAGAACUGUGCGAAAAGUCACAGCCCUGCGCUGCCCGUCCGGGCCAGUUCCUUGCUGUCCAUACUUGUAUGGAUUUUAACAAGGGGCCCUACUCUUCUAUCCACCCACCCAGAUCUAUCGACCUGCCUCCAUAUCUGGUAUCAGGGUAUCGGUUGGUGGUGGUAGCAGAGUGUAGUAGUCCAGGCUGCAUCGUUCGCUGUUUCGCAGAGUCGUGUGCGCGUCCGGGCCAAAUCCUCUCUUCGCCCGGGCCGCACACGACGGCCUUCGCCUGUGCUAUUGCUAAGUGCGCGUGCGCUCUUCCUCACUCAAACCACUCUUUAGUUGCCUGAUCACAAUAACAAUAUAUGUAUAUAUCGAUGA